AUGAAAGUCGGAAAACCUAAAUCAAAGCGCGUACCCGUCCGCCUGAGGCACAAGAUCGAAAAGUCCUCCGCAGCGAAACAGCGCAAGGCGAAAAAGGAUGCCAAGAAGAACCCCGAAUGGCGCUCGAAGAUGAAGAAGGACCCCGGGAUUCCGAACCUCUUCCCGUACAAAGACAAGAUCAUACAAGAGAUUGAGGAGUCGCGUCGGGUGAAGGCAGAAGAGCUUGCGCAACGCAGGGAGCUAGCGAAGGAGCAAAGGCUCUCCGGAGAAGCGACAAUGGACACUGAAGGCUACAACGACUUAGCAGAGGAGGACGAGCUGCUUGAGGAAGAGUCGGAGAAUGACGACUCAAUGCAGGUGGACGACUCAAAUCCCAUGGCCGCUCUGCUUGCUUCGGCAAAAGCUCGCGCUGCGAAAUUCGAACAGAAGAAGUCGCAUGACGAGGAGGCAAUGGACGAAGACGAGGAAGACGACUUCGAACGCUUUGAUCUCGAGGAUGACGAGGGCGCGGUCAACGUCCGCAAAGACUCUUCCCGGAAACAAUUCGACAAGGUUUACAAGCAAGUCGUGGACGCCGCCGACGUGGUACUGUACGUGCUCGACGCUCGAGACCCGCAAGGCACACGGUCGAAAGAGGUGGAGCAGGCCGUCAUGGCAGCCGACAGAGGUGCCAAGCGCAUGAUCUUCAUCCUCAAUAAGAUCGACCUCGUGCCGCCCCCAGUCCUCAAGUCCUGGCUUGUUCACCUACGACGAUCGUUCCCCACACUCCCUUUGCGCGCUUCAAAGCCUGCACCGAAUGCAAAGACUUUCGACCACAAGGAGCUCACGAUCAAGGGAACGUCAGACACUCUUUUCCGAGCGCUCAAGACCUUCUCUGAAGCGAGACAGUUAAAGCGAUCCGUCAAGGUCGGCAUCAUUGGUUACCCCAACGUUGGCAAAUCCUCCGUCAUCAAUGCGCUUACCCAGAAGCUGGGCGGCAGAACUGGCACUUGCCCGACGGGAGCUGAGGCUGGUGUCACCACGAGCUUGCGCGAAGUUAAGCUGGACAGCAAGUUGAAGCUUCUCGACUCUCCUGGAAUCGUUUUCCCCAACAACCCUGAAGGCGGCAAGACUAGCAAGGUUGAGGAGAAGGCGAGACUCAUUCUCCUGAACGCGGUCCCGCCGAAAGAGAUUGACGACCCUGUGCCUGCUGUCAACCUCCUUCUCAAGAGACUCUCCGCCACACCGGAGCUCUUCCAGAAGAUGGUCGAUGUAUACGAUCUCCCACCCCUACAUUUCGUCAAUGGCGAUAACACGACGGACUUCCUGGUGCAAGUAGCAAGGAAGCGAGGUCGUCUCGGGAAAGGCGGCAUUCCCAACCUCCACAGCGCAGCGCAGACGGUCAUCACAGAUUGGCGAGAUGGUCGAAUUCAAGGUUGGACCGAUCCGCCAGCAUACAAGCCCACUCUCACCAAGAGUAACAAGACUGCUCCUGCUACGAAGGGCGGACUUGUCGGUGACCAGAAGGAAAUUGUCAAGGAAUGGGCCGCCGAGUUCAAGCUCGAGGGUCUGUGGGGUGAUGACGUGAACGAGACAGAUGCCAUGGAGCUGUAG